UUCCCUCCGUCAGUCCCUCUGUCCCCGGUCCCGGGCGGGCGGGCGGGGCCCGGCGGAGGCGCAGACAUGGCCGCGCUCGCGGAGCCGCUGGGGCUGGAACGGGACGUGUCCCGGGCAGUGGAGCUCCUGGAGCGGCUCCAGCGUAGCGGGGAGCUGCCCCCCCAGAAGCUGCAGGCCCUCCAGCGAGUCCUGCAGAGUCGUUUCUGCUCAGCCAUCCGAGAGGUGUAUGAGCAGCUUUAUGACACCCUGGAUAUCACAGGCAGUGCAGAGAUCCGGGCUCACGCCACAGCCAAGGCCACUGUAGCAGCCUUUGCUGCCAGCGAGGGCCAUGCCCACCCCCGAGUGGUGGAACUGCCCAGGACAGAUGAGGGCCUGGGUUUCAACAUCAUGGGCGGGAAAGAGCAGAACUCCCCCAUCUACAUCUCUCGAGUCAUUCCCGGUGGCGUGGCUGACCGGCACGGCGGCCUCAAGAGAGGGGACCAGCUGCUCUCCGUCAAUGGAGUGAGUGUGGAGGGAGAGCAGCAUGAGAAGGCUGUGGAGCUGCUCAAGGCUGCUCAAGGCACGGUGAAGCUUGUUGUCCGGUACACACCUCGAGUGCUGGAGGAGAUGGAGGCCCGGUUUGAGAAGAUGCGCUCGGCUCGGCGGCGCCAACAGCACCAGAGCUACUCGUCCCUGGAGUCCCGAGGCUGAGCUCUCCCGGCUUGGCUCCUGCUCCUGCACCCUUGCCUAGGAGCCCUCUCUCCCCCUUGCCCACUCUGACCCUCUGUACAGUAUUUAUUUACCCAGUCCUUCCUGAGACCCUAUUUAAAGCUCUUCUCUCCCCGCCCUG